GCGGCUGCGGCGCCUGCGCGGGGCGCGCCCGGGGGCAGGAUGCGCGGGGAGCCAGGCCAGGCGGGGCGGCGGCGGCAGCCCCCUCCGCCCUUCGGCGGCAGGUGGAGCUGUGCCAGGAGGCUGGGUGGCAGCAGAAGGCUGACUGCACCUCUGAGGUGACCUCCAGCUGCUCAGGGUGCUCCAGGGUGCUUCAUGCAGUCACAGAGCUUGGAAGGGACCUCGAAAGAUCAUCGAGUCCAUCUGCUUGCCAGAGCAGGGUCACCUAGGGCAGGCCACACAGGCCACAUCCAGGACCGGCUCCAUCGGCUCCGUGUCCUUCCCUUCCCGAGGGCUCCAGCGCUGGGCGCAGCACUGCAGGAGCUGCCCGCGGCACGGCCGGCUGAGGAGCCAGGCGCUGCGUGCCAGCCCCGCCCGCAGAGCCUGACGCUGGAGCGGAUGCAGCAGGAAGAUGCUCCCCGGGGUGGGGGUCUUUGGGACUGGCAGCACCGCCCGGGUACUGGUGCCCCUGCUCAGGGCAGAAGGCUUCUCGGUUGAGGCACUCUGGGGGAAGACGGAGGAGGAAGCCAAGCAGCUGGCGGAGGAAAUGGACAUCUCCUUCUACACCAGCCGCAGCGACGACCUCCUGCUGCACCAGGACGUGGAUCUGGUCUGCAUCAGCAUCCCUCCGCCCCUGACGCGCCAGAUCGCCACCAAGGCUCUAGGCAUCGGCAAGAACGUGAUCUGCGAGAAAGCCGCCAGCUCGCUGGACGCCUUCCGCAUGGUGACGGCCGCCAGGUACUACCCGCAGCUGCUGAGCGUGGUGGGCAAUGCGCUGCGGUUCCUGCCCGCCUUCGCCCGCAUGCGCCAGCUGAUCGCCGCCGGCUACGUGGGCGCGGUGCUGGUGUGCGACGCCCGCGUCUGCGGCGCCAGCCUGCUCGGCAGCGCCUACAGCUGGAGCUGCGACGAGCUGAUGGGCGGCGGGGGGCUGCACACCGUCGGCACCUACAUCAUCGACCUGCUCAGCCACCUGGUGGGCGGCAGGGCGCAGAAGGUCCACGGCCUGCUCAAGACCUUCGUCAAGCAGAACGCGGCCAUCGGCGGCAUCCGCCACGUCACCGGCGACGACUUCUGCUUCUUCCAGAUGCUGAUGGGCGGGGGGGUGUGCUGCACCGUCACCCUCAACUUCAACAUGCCCGGCUCCUUCGUGCACGACGUGAUGGUGGUGGGCUCCGACGGGCGCCUGGUGGCCCGCGGCGCCGACCUCUAUGGGCAGAAGAACUCCGCGCCGCAGGAGGAGCUGCUCUUCGCCGACCCCCUGAGCCUGGGCCAGGGGCUGCUGGAGAAGGCCUUCCAGGACAUCCCCCUGCCCUACCUGAAGGGCAUGGCCUACAUGGUGCGCGCCCUGCGGCAGGCGUUCCAGCGGCAGGGCGACCGCCGCGCCUGGGACCGCGCCCCGCUGGCCAUGGCCGCCUCCUUCGAGGACGGCCUCUACAUGCAGAGCGUGGUGGAGGCCAUCAAGAAGUCCAGCAGGUCGGGGGAGUGGGAGGCCGUGCAGGUGAUGAGCGAGGAGCCGGACGCCAGCCAGAGCCUGUGCGAGGCGCUGCAGAGGAACAGCCUCUGAGCCUGCCCGCCCCGAGCCGCCUGCGCUGCGGCGUGCGGGGCAGAGCCUCUCUUGCUCUGGAAGGAACUGCUGGAGAGGGUCUGCAGCGCUGAGUUCUGCGUCUUGGGACUGCUAGGGACUGCUAGGGAAACCUGCCCCUUGUGCUUGCCGCGGGGAGUGGGAGCCCAGCCCUGCUGCACAGGGCACUGCUCCGAGCAGGCAGGCAGCAGAGCAGGCAGGGCAGCGGCAGGGAAUGGCCUCCUCGGAGGGCCUCUCUUGGAGACCUGCUUCAGACCUGCUGCUCGGCAUGGAAAGUUUUCUGGGAGAGCUCAGCGAGGGGGGACAGGCCUGAGGAGGAGCUGAGGGAGGGGACAGGGCUGAGGAGGAGCAGGGAGAGGACAGGGCUGAGGAGGAGCUGGGGGAGAGGACAGGGCUGAGG